AUUCUAUCAAUUAAUUUUUAAUGUUUGUAUAAAUUUAAUAUAUUUCAUUAUUUUCCCUAAUUAGGCCAAUGUAGCCUCACUGUUUUUAAAUUUUCGAAAACUGAAUGUUUAAACUAACACAUUAUUCACAAAUCUUUUAAAUAACACAAUUGAACAUAAGUUUACAUAAUAUGGACAGUGUUUCUGACUAUUUUUCUUUUUUAAGGCUCAAUAACAAUAAGGAUGCCACUGAUGAUAAGAAGAAAACGUCGGAACCAAUUACCCUGAAGCCUUUAAGGAGAAAAUUGAAGCCAGAUGAUUAUAUGAGCCGAGUCCAAGUAGAAGACCAUAUAAUACCGAUAUGGGAGAGAGAAACUGAAGUUUCAGAGGAGAAAAAGCCCGUGGAGGAUAUUACUUUGUCAUAUUCUUAUAGCUUGCUAAGUUUUGUAUCUAGGUCUAUCACUGAGGGAACCGUCUCAUCCUACGAGUCAGACCAUUUUGAACUGCUAAGUGAAUCGGAUAUUGAAGAAAAUGAGGUUAGAGGAGUAUAUUUACAUGAACUUCAACACAUGACUAAUACUGAUAUACCAAGCUCCGAAGCAUACCCAGUGUACAUUAAAGGAUCAACUAUUAAUGGAAACACUGUAGAAUGUAUUGAUGCAUCGCCAUAUUCUCAGCAGUUUCCAGUAAUUCUAUACGAAUGGUUUAUCGGAAUUGAAUACAACUCACUUGAUCGCUAUUCUCCAGAAGCAAUUUCUGACGGGAAAACAUUUAAAAUUCCAUUUGAAGCUAUCGGUAAAUACAUAUUCUGCAGGGCUCACAGACUCGUUGAGAAUCAAUUAAAAGGAAAUAACAUAUUCUCAAACUCCGGACCUUACGAUCCUCACAUAAACGUGUUCCAAAAUUCAUACCCUCACGAGAAAAAAUUCCACAAUAUAUCUACUCUAUGCUCUGCUGGUCCAGUGGACAUAUCUAACGACCUAGCCUUAAAGAUCCUUGAGAAUCUAAGUGAGGAUUAUUCAACUGAUUGUACUCUAUGUUACAACAAAGACUUUACAAGUGGUAUAACAUACGAGAAGUCAAAUUUGCUUAAUCAAACUGUGGAUGUAAAACUACAAUUAACUGAAAAACUAUGUAUUGUGGUUUCAAAGGAGGACAAAGACAAACAUAAAAUUUUUUCAAUCAAGGCAUUUGAGAAUAAAGUGGGCGAAGAUGAAGAAUCUGAAGAUAGUGUUUCAUUUGAACAGGAUUUAGAGGAUAUUCUGGUCCAGGAUUCCAAACACUCAGAUACCGAGAUUUCAUUCGGAUCAUACGAGGAAAAAAAAUUAAAAAAUUAUUUUUCGCUAAAGUUUGAUGAUAGAAUCCAAUGUGUUACCGUUUUGUACACUAUUCGUGCCUUCAUGGCUCAACAGAAGAGCGGAAUUUCAAGAGAUUCUUGGACUGAAGCUCUCGAUAAAGGUGACUUGGACUUUGUGGUCAAAGUCGUGAGAGAAUACCUCUCUUCGAUAUAG